UCAAUUUUUAAAUUUUUACGGCCUCCAACGACACACACAGAAAGAGAGAGUCAGAGGGGAUAAUUUUUUAGCAAAUAUGUUAGUUUAUCAGGAUAUUCUUACAGGUGAUGAGCUCCUCUCAGAUUCUUUCCCAUAUAAGGAAAUCGAGAAUGGAAUGUUAUGGGAAGUAGAAGGGAAGUGGGUUGUCCAAGGAGCUGUGACUGUAGAUAUUGGUGCAAACCCUUCAGCAGAAGGUGGCGACGAAGACGAAGGUGUCGACGACCAAGCCAUAAAGGUGGUCGACAUUGUUGACACUUUCCGACUUCAGGAGCAACCUGCAUUUGACAAGAAGCAGUUUGUUACGUACAUGAAGAGGUACAUCAAGAACUUGGCACCAAAAUUGGAGGCAGCAAAGCAAGAGACAUUCAAGAAGAACAUAGAGGGGGCAACCAAGUUUUUGCUUGCCAAGCUUAAAGAUCUUCAAUUUUUUGUGGGUGAAAGCAUGCAUGAUGAUGGUAGCUUAGUGUUUGCGUAUUACAAAGACGGCGCCACCAACCCCACUUUCCUCUACUUCCCCUAUGGCUUGAAGGAAGUCAAGUGUUAAUGGGAGUGAUAGUCAUUGCUGGACAGGUGUAAUUCUAGAUUUUCAUUUCAUUCAAGGGGCUUAAAGUUGGGGGUUUACUAUUAUAAUUUUACAUCUUUUUUUGUGGUUAUCAAUAUAUAUAUAUACAUAUAAGUAUACCAGGAAUAAAAUAGCAACUGUAUUUUUUAUUUUCUUCUAAA